UUUCUUAAACUAGACGAGGGGUGUGGAAAAGUCGUAUCAGUGCCGACGUUGUCUGGGAGCGAAACUGAGCGCGCACCGGGAACGCGCUUAACGGACAGCGACGAGCCUGGCUCGCGAGUAGGAACCCCGUCUGCUCUGCGCGCUAGUCUUGUCAAAACGAGACAUCCCUCGCCCACUGUCCGGUAAACUAGGACACCCUGGGAAACGGAUUGAAUUCCCUCCUUAAAUCACAGCAUCUUUACCGUCACAAUCUGUCCAUCCCGCUUACAGCUCAGGAAUACAAAGUCGUAUUACUUUUAAACGACUCCUCGGGACUGAAUGCCAGUUAUUAAUUUUGGACAGAAACAUCAGAAUAUUUUUUGUGUGUUUUGAGUCGUGUUGGUUUGGAUAUACACGCGUGCGUCGACUAAAAUCGUACCGUGUUUCCCCCCUGUUACUUAGUGUGGAAUAUCUGAAGACUUUAUUCUAUGCCCCAGAAGGCAAGAACAAUACUUUAAAGAACUGAUUUUGGAAAUUUGAGGAGUUUUAUUUAUUUAUUAUUAUUUUCCUUAUCCAGUAGGCUACGUAUGUUAAUACGAUGUGUGUGGUUCGAGAGUCUUCGCCGCCCCUUUUAGACCAGAAUUAGUCAGUGUGGUCCUGGAGUAGAUCAGUGUCUUCUCGAUCUCACGCACUCUCCUCACUCUCUUUUUCUUCUUUCCCCCCAAAGGUUAUUUGUCUAUUUCCAUGGAAUAACUUAUCAGGAAAACGACUGAACUACAAAGUGUCUUGUUUUCCCCCCGCCGCCUGUAACUGACAGGCGGUUUAAGGUUUGUUCUUCUCCGGAGAAUGCUCAAUGAUCGAUGGGGAAUCAUGAACAGCUCACCGGAACUCGAAGACGGACAGCGGGGCAAAAAUCAGAGGAUGAGUUGUAGCUAUCUGCUAUGUACCAUCCUUCUCUUCGUGGCCGUUCUGCUUGCAGUCACAGUGACGGGGACCAUUCUUCUUAUGAACCACUACCAGGCUCCCCCCAUGUCGGAUGGCCCUCCUCAUAUUAGCACCAAUCAGGAUGAAGCCAAUGCGCUGGUGACAGUCGAGAGGGGUGAUGGAUCACGCAUCAAUAUCUUCAUCGACCCCAACUGCCCUGAUUAUAACAGUAAUUUCCUUCGGCUGGAAGGCGUGCAGACGUCUUUGCUGCAUUCGCUGACGGACCACGAUACGGAUCUCAAGUCCGUCAAAGGUCAGGAUCGAGCGCUGUUGGUCAACUUGGCAGAGGAAGUUGCUAAGCUGUCUGCCCACGCGGGACAGCUGAAGAUGGACUAUGAGUCUCUCAGAAGAGGACAAAGCAACCUGGGACAGGACCUUAAUACACUACAGACGGAACAGAGCAGACUUAUACAGCUGCUGUCCGAGAGCCAGAUUAACAUGGUGAAGGUUGUCAACUCUGUGAGCGAUGCUUUAAAUGCCAUGCAGAAGGAAACUGGAGGUCUAAAGGCCAGAGUGAAGGCUGACCUGCAGAGGGCGCCAGUCAGAGGAGUUCGCCUUAAAGGCUGUGCUAAUGGCUCCCGUCCACGGGACUGUAGUGAUAUAUAUGCUAGCGGUCAGAAAGAAGAUGGAAUCUACUCUGUUUUUCCCACUCAUUAUCCUGCCGGCUUUCAGGUCUACUGUGAUAUGAGCACGGACGGAGGUGGCUGGACGGUAAUCCAGCGGAGGGAGGAUGGGUCUGUGAAUUUCUUCAGGGAGUGGGACUCCUACAGGGAAGGAUUUGGUAAAAUCACCGGAGAGUACUGGCUUGGGUUGAAACAAAUCCAUGCUCUCUCUAUCCAAGGAAACUACGAACUGCGCAUAGAUCUUGAAGAUUUCGAGAACAGCACAGCUUUCGCACAGUAUGGUGUCUUUGGAGUUGGACUGUUCUCUGUUGAUCCUGAGGAUGAUGGUUACCCUCUCACCAUUGCUGAUUACACCGGAACUGCAGGAGAUUCAUUGCUUAAGCACAAUGGAAUGAAGUUCACCACAAAAGACAGAGACAACGAUCACUCGGAGAACAACUGUGCUUCGUUCUACCACGGCGCCUGGUGGUACCGCAACUGCCACACAUCCAACCUGAACGGCCAGUACCUGCGCGGACAGCACACCUCUUACGCCGAUGGGAUUGAAUGGUCGUCCUGGACCGGUUGGCAGUACUCGCUAAAAUUCACAGAAAUGAAAAUUCGGCCAACGCGUGAAGAGCGAGAAAGCAAGUAACCACACAAAAAGAAAAAUUUAAAUGUAAGGAAAUAAAAAAAUUUAAAAGACUUUAAUAUUGGACUUAUGGUGUGGAAAACAACAAGGACAGUGGUUGUUGCUAAUCUGACAAAGAGCUUUCUGUUGUCCUGUUUAUUCAUUUGGCAGAAAAGUCACACUGUUGUGUGGCCGUGCUGUAAGUCCUGCCCUCCAUAUGACAAUCUCUAUAUCAUCAGGCCUUGAAGUUUCUUAACACCCCAGCUGUCAGAUCUGAGCUCACUCCUGCACUGACACAAUACUGUGAGUCACACUUCGAUUCUGAGAAAGGAAAAAAAAAAUGACACUGAAUCAAGGAUCCUAUUAUCUUGCCACCGGUUAAGGAAUGAAUUAAUGAAGAACAAUGUGCGACAAUGAAAUGUUGGAAUGGUUUCUUCUGUCAGCAAAGCCCGUUUCCGUUCUCCCUCUUAUUGUUUAAGACGCAGUUAAUAUGCUAAACACACAUGCCAAGGCCAAAUCUCCACUAAGUCUUCAUAUUUGAAGAAGGCUAGUACAAAAGAAGAAAGUGUGGAAGAUGGGAGGGAAAUGAGAGAGAGGGGCGGUCUAGGAGGAGAGCAGUGCAAAGGUUUCUGUGGGAGUUUGUCUCUCAUCUGUCUGACAGGCCAUUAGUGAGCAUAUUGGCCACUUUGUCUGAUCGCCAUUGCCAAGUGAUCAUAAGCCAGGUUCUUCAUCUCGCACAUUCGCAGAUGGUGGCUGGUUAUGUGUGUGUGUGAGCGAGAUAAAAGGAAAAUGCGAUAUUGUCUCGUCUCCUUCCCGAGUUGCGUUUCUGCCUCAGCACAAGGUUGAGUGUUCUCGAGGAAUCUCUUUAUCGGCCCGACAAGCUUGCUCGAGUGUGUUUACUUAGCACUCAUACACACAUUUGUUCAUGCACAAAUUUGCCAUGUUGCAAUGCUAAUUUAAAUGAGCCGCCCUGUCCUCUUUUUUUUUUUGUGCAGACUUUUACAUGUAUAUCAGCUCAUUCACUGCCGUCUCUCUCUCCAGCUCACUUUCUAAAGGUCAGACAUCUCGAAUGUGAAUGUUGUGCUUCUUUCACCUCAUG